AAAAUCUAACAGUUAAAUACAAAGCAGUGGACAAGUGCCUGGAAACAGUAGAAAACACAUGGAUGUUAGAAGUGCUGUUUUGCAUUGUAACUCUCCUCAAUUAAAGUGAUACGUCAACUCUCCAGCAAACAUUCAUUAAAUGUAAUUCUCUGUACUGUUGAGGGGAUACUAAUUGUUGAUGCACAAAAUAGCUCGAAUGAAGAAUAGUACACCACGGCAGCAACCACAACAGCUCCAACCAGAAUACCUUCAAGCCCUGGGGUUGUACCUCAGGGUAGACACUGGAUGCCCAAAUCAGUACAUAGAGGAUAUUAUGCAAUAAAGGGCUGAUAUGUUAACAAAGCUAAAGAAGCAAUAAAUCUAAUUAAAAAGCGGUGGUUGGAGGUAUUUAUAACCAUCCAAAGUUGCUUUCCAUGUGGUAAAUCCCUAUUCAUCAAUCUUGAAGCGAUAGGCUGUAGCUCUACGGGGUCCAUGGGGUGGAUACUCUCCUGUGUCAGAGCAUUUAAUAUGAUACAAGUGACAUGUCAUCUAGCAGGACUGAGGGUGACCAAAGAGCAGUGGUGUUAUUCUGGUGAGAAAGAAAACAGCACGCUUUUCAUGAGCCCUAUUAUUUUUUAAUUUGGUUGGUAGUAAGAUUUUACACCCUUGAUAUAAUCUCUUUUUCCUCGUAAAAAGUUUGAGUCUUUAUAAACCACAUCAUAGUGUUUGGAGUUCACCAAAAACAUUAUCAUAAGUAGUAGAAAAAAAACCAGAGGAAAUAUGGAUGACAUUCAAUGGCUUCCUUCUUCUUCAUCCUCGAGAACCCAGCCUGUGCUGUCUUUGAACCAUGUUUCAUUUGUGUGCAAGUCUGUGGCCAAAUCUGCGAGGUUCUAUGAAGAUGUGUUGGGGUUUGUCCUCAUCAAACGCCCUUCUUCUUUCAACUUUGAAGGAGCAUGGUUGUUCAACUAUGGUGUUGGAAUCCAUUUGUUGGAAUCUGACAAUGCUCCAACAAAGAAAGAGAAGAUCAACCCCAAAGAUAAUCACAUUUCUUUCCAGUGCUCUGAUAUGGACCUGGUUAUCCAGAAACUGGAGGACAUGAACAUUGAUUAUAUAACUGCAGUGGUGGAGGAAGGUGGCAUUAAGGUUGAUCAGCUGUUCUUCCAUGAUCCUGAUGGAUACAUGGUAGAGAUCUGCAACUGUCAAAACCUUCCAGUUCUUCCACUUUCCUCAUGCCCUCUUAAGCUUCCUAGUUCCAGCACUAACAAUGCAGUUUCUUCAUUUUAUGGGAAGCCAAGCUUGGAGAUGCAGUGUUCUGCAGAAGUUGCUGCUCUGAUGAUGGAGAACUUGGCGGUGGAUAUGAUGGAUAUAUCAAUCUGAGAGAUUGCCAAGGGGAUUUUUGUUGUGAUUUAGUGAAUGUAUCCUGAAAAUUUGUGUACAAUGUCUGUGCAAAGAGGGGAUGAGAGGUUUUGGUCUUGUAAGAAACACAGCUGGUAGGGAUUUGUUUUUCAAGUUACCUAGAUCUGAUCAUGCACUGCUUAAUAAAAUUUUCCCCUUGUAUGUCAAUCAAGUAUGUUCAAAAAAUCAAACUUAUUAUUCAUAAGACUGAUAUUGUACAAUUAUACAAC